ACAGCAGGUGAACAGGAGGAGGUUCAGCUGAAGAGAAAACCAGGUUUUUCUUGCAGGAUCCAAAGAGAAGUUCCUGUUCUCUCACUCCGAACAGAACCACAGAUGUGAACUGAUGUGCUGUGACAACAAUAUGUUUCAGAGGAGAGUUGAAGCACAGGAAGCAGUUAAACGUCCCCCCGGAGCCCAGACACUGGUGGUGGUGAGGAAUGAAGCCUGAGGGUGAGACGUCUUCUGAUCUGAGGAGAGAGAGAAGAUGGACAGGCAUCCACAGCUGAGGUGAUGGAGGGGUGGAGGUGGGUCACCUGACCUCACGGUGCUGAGAGAGAGAACAUCUUAUCGAGUGAUUGGUUCGAGAAAACAGGUUUAGAGAAAGUGGGAAACUGAUUGUGAUUCAGGUGGCGUGGGCAGAGAGAGAGUUUUCCUGACUGAACUUUCACUGAAGCUUCAUGAGUCCAAACUUCUGCAGUGAACAAAAUUCCUGUGGUCAGUGAACAGCUCAUCACCUCCUGCACAGAGUGAGUGCAGUGGAACGUUUUAUUCAUGACAUUCGGCAGCCGGAGAGAGGACUGUGGACCUGACAGGCAGAGACACAGAGCCUCAUUCACAGACUCACGUUGGACUGUGAAAGCAACACACACCCACCAACUUAAAACACACCGUUGUUUACCCGUCUCCGCUCUCCAGAGGGUCUGGGAGGUCCCUGGAGUGUGUGUGUGGUUGGGUGUAUAAGCUGGGAGGGUGUGUGUGUGUGAGUGUGUGUUUUUUAUGUGUUGAUGAAUGUGUGGGUGUGUUGCAUCACUUUUGAUGGGACUUUGAGAGAUGUGUGUGUCACAGCGUCGGUGGAUGGGCUAUAGGGGGCCGUGCUCCUCCGCCCUCCCCCCCAUCCUCCUCCUCCUCCUCCUCCCUCUGUCCUUCCUCUCCUCCACGCCUCCGUUCGCUCAGGGAGCCAUCCACAUCCCCAAAGACUAUAAAGUGCAUAACAUGUCACAGCCUCCAGUGCUGACAGUGAUGCCGACAUCGCUCACUGCCUUUUCUCGAGAGGACUUCUCUCUGCCCUGUGAGGCCUCCGGAGUCCCAACACCCACUUUCCGCUGGAUAAAGGACGGAGAGGCGUUUGGGCCGGAGCGUGAAGGACUGGGGACACUGCUAGCCGAAGAGGAUGACUCCCUCGACUCGUAUGAAGGCCUGUACCGUUGCUAUGCUUCCAACGCCCUGGGGACCGCCAUGACACAAACCAUACAAGUCAUCGUGGAGCCUCAACCGGUUCUUCUGAAACAACAGAAAGUACAUAAAGAAGCGUACGAGGGAGACAGCAUGGUCCUGAAGUGUAACCCUCCGCAGAGCUCGACUCCCCCGCACAUCCACUGGAUGGACAAGAAGAUGGUGCACAUCAAGCUGAGUGAAAGAGUGGUGGCCGGCCUGGACGGAAACCUGUACUUUUCUAAUCUUCUGAAGAGCGACAGCAGAGACGACUACAUCUGCAACGCCCAGUAUGCAGCAGCCAGAACGAUUCUCCCUGAGACUGCUGUAAAGCUCACUGUCAAGUCCAGUAAUGAUGUUGGUCGUGUUAGAAAACCUCACUUCUUUCGUCCCAGCGGCUCUCACCCUCACAGCACAGUGUUGGCCCUCAGGGAUCAAAGUGUCACCCUAGAAUGUAUCCCCCAUGGCCUACCCACUCCAAAGGUGGAAUGGAGGAAGAAGGACGGCAGCCUGGAUAAAACAAGCGGCCAGCUGAGUAACUCCGACCGCUGGCUCAGCUUCGACAGUAUCACCCUCAACGAUCAGGGAGAGUAUGAGUGCAGAGCCUUCAACAUCCACGGGUCCAUCACACACUCCUUCACUGUCACUGUGGAAGCGGCUCCUUACUGGGUGAAGGAGCCUCAGAGUCAGUUGUACGCUCCUGGAGAAACUGUACGACUGGACUGUCAGGCUGCAGGCAUCCCGACCCCCAUCAUCACCUGGAGCAUCAACGGUCAGCCACUCACAGAAGUGGACGAUGAGCCUCGUCGGAGUCUAACAACCGGUGCGUUGAUACUGAUGGACGUUGAGUUCGCUGACACCGCGGUGUAUCAGUGCGAGGCCACCAACAGACACGGCUCCAUCCUCCUCAACACCUACCUCUAUGUCAUCGAGCUCCCUCCUCAGAUCCUGUCCUCUGAUGGAGUGGUGUACAGAGCCACUGAGGGCGGAAACAUCAAGCUGCACUGUGAAGCCUUCGGUUCUCCACGACCACACGUCACAUGGGACGGUGAGGACAUAGUUCCUCUGCUGUCGGACCCUCGUGUCUCCCUGCUGACCAACGGGACCCUGGAGCUGUCCGACGUCCGUCAGGAUGACAGUGGAACAUACACCUGCUCCGUCAAAGACGCCAACCUCUCCAUCGCUGCCCACCUGGAAGUCUACAAUCGAACAGUGAUACUGACGAAACCCCAGGACGUGCGUGUUCUCCGAGGAACCAGCGCUCUGCUGGACUGUGACUUCUUCAAAGACCCUCGGCUGCACCAUUACCAAAUAGUCUGGAGGAAAGACAGACAAAAACUGCAGGAGUCAUCACCAGAUGACAAGUACACUUUCUUUGAGAAUGGAACCUUAAAAGUGACAAACGUCCAAUCAGACGACACGGCGCCUUAUUCCUGUGAGGUCAUCACUGACCUGGACAACGUGGAAGCCAGCGGCUCCAUCACUGUAGUUGCACCACCGGACCCUCCCACGGAUCUGUCUCUGUCUAAUGAUGGUGACCACACCUUCACUCUCAGCUGGAUCCCAGGACAGUCACACAACAGCCCCAUUAUAGAGUUCAUCGUGGAGGCCCGGGAGGAGCAGCACAGAGAGGAGGGGCAGUGGAUGUGGGAGGAGUGGAAGAAAGUUCCUGGGGACUUCAAUCACCUGCAGCUGACCGUCCACCCCUUCUGCACCUACCGCUUCCGGGUCAUCGCCGUCAACGAGCUCGGCCGCAGCAACCCCAGCAACGCAUCAGAUUACCGCAGCACGCCGCCUGCUAUUCCCAGCAGAAACCCCUCUGGUGUGCGCAGUGAGUCCACAGACCCAAAGACUCUGACCAUCACAUGGGAUGAGAUGGAGAAGCACUUGCAUAACGGCCCAGACUUCCAUUACAAGGUGUUAUGGCGGAAAGCUAAUGGGAAGAAUGAGCAGUGGAACGAGGGCUACGUAAAGUCUCCUCCGUUCCUGGUAAAUGACACCGGAACGUUCACACCGUUUGAGAUCAAAGUCCAGGCUGUCAACUCACUCGGAGGCGGACCGGCACCAGAACCUGAGAUCGGACACUCUGGAGAGGACGUGCCUGAGGACUCUCCCACUGGAGUUGAAACGACUGUGAUGAACAGCACAGUCAGAGUCAGCUGGAAGGAAGCCGAGAAAGUCCGAGGUCGGCUGCUGGGAUAUAAGAUCUACAUCAGGAGGCUGGGUCCGCAGGUCGGGCGGGGCCGGAGGUCUCUUUGGAAACUGCACCACAGGGAGGAGAGAGAGGAACGACUGGACCCAGGGAUGGAGAGAGACGAAGAGAGGGUGGUGGUGGUACGAGGCAUGAAGACCUCGGAGGAAGUGACAGGGCUGCAGCUGUUCUCCCGCUAUGAGCUGUCUGUUGCUGCCUUUAACAGCAAAGGGGAGGGCCCCCGCUCCCCGCCUCACCACUUCAGCACCCCAGAGGGAGCUCCUGGUCCUCCUGCAUCACUGAGUUUUGAGAGCCCAACUGAGAAAUCACUGAUUCUCUACUGGACCCCUCCACUUGAGACCAAUGGCAUACUCCUGGGAUACGUGGUGCAGUACCAACAGGAGGUGGAGAGUAGAGACAGCCCGUUUGCGAUGCAGAUCAUCAGCGAUCCCAGCGUGACUCACCUCGCUUUGGAUAAUCUGGACCCCAACAGCCAUUACAUCUUCAAGGUCAUAGCACGCACCGCCAGUGGAGACGGACCUCCCAUCACAGAGAGGGGCGCCACCCUGCUCGACGCAGUCCCACCAUCAAACAUCACCAUAGUGGAGGGUAACACAUCGUUCAACCUGAGCUGGGUGCCCGGAGAGCGAGACAGGAAUCACGGCUUCCACAUCCUCUACCUCAGGAAGAGUGUCGGGGGAAAGCUGGAGAAGUCGGAGUUGGUGAACUCCUCGCAGGGAUUUUAUUCACUGUCAGGCCUCCAACCAGGAACUGAGUACCACCUCAUGAUCAUGUAUCUAAAUGAAACUCACUGGCAGGGUGUGGCCUCGACCGUAGGAUCAGUGCCGACUGUGAUGCCCGGUGGGUUCGCCGCCCAAGGUUGGUUGAUAGGACUCAUCAGCGCCAUCGUGCUGCUCGUGCUGAUACUGCUCAUCCUCUGCCUCAUCAAACGCAGCCGGGGCGGAAAAUACGCGGUGAAGGACAAGGAAGACAAGGAGGUGGACUCUGAAGCUCGGCCGAUGAAAGAUGAGACCUUUGGAGAGUACAGUGAUGGAGAUGAGAAGCGCUCAGACAGCCAGCCGUCUCUGGCCGGGGAGAGCAAGCUGGGCAGUGACGACUCUCUGGCCGAGUACGGAGACAGUGUGGACAUCCAGUUCAACGAGGACGGCUCUUUCAUCGGCCAGUACAGCGGCCGGGGUCCGGUCCCCCACGGCAACGAGAGCUCCGGUCCCGCCUCCCCCGUCAACGCAGUCCCACCUCCCCCCAUCGCCCCGUCCAUGUCGAGCAUCCUGAACCGACCCAGCUAGACACACACAGCACACAAACACAUUACAAAUACACACACACACACACACACACACACACACACACACACACACUGCCUGCAGCAAAACAUGCAAGGGACUGACCACUCCUGACUCCACUGCCUGUAAUGUUAGAGUGUAAGAACACACACAUACAAUAUGUACAUUCCACAGGGUUAAGCAGUGAAGCUGUUUACAGGAUGUCUUGCCUUUUCUACUCCAGGUUUACACACACACACACACACACACACACACACACCUACACACACUGAAUCAGACAGCCCUUCACUCUUCUAUAGAAAAGAAAGAGGGAGAGAGAGGAAGACGAUAGUUGAUGUGAUGAAGAGUGAGACAAAGAAAAAAAAUAGUGGAAGUUGUUUCAUCUUUCAUCUGUGACCAAAAUGUCUCCCACACAUGGUUCCACCAGUUUCAUCUCUUUCAUUAACACAUUUAAAAUUCAUUUUUUAUAUAAACAGCAGUUUUGAGGUGUGUGUUUACUUUGUCCUGUGCAUCAAACAUCACCAGUACGUGUCUUCAUUUUUGUUGUUUACGAGCUAUUUAUUUAUGUUAUGUUUGUGUAUAUGAUUGUGUGCAUGCGUCUGGGAAUGAUUUCUGCUGAUUGUGUGUGUGGCUCCCAAACCUAAGAUGCAUGCCCCUCCCUGAGGCAUUUAUCAAUCAUUUAGUUGAUAUUUAGUGGUAAGUUUUUAAAGAGUGACUGUUACUGUGUUACUGUGCGUGUGUGUCUGUGUGUGUGCUCGUUGUGUGAUUGUCCGUGCUCUCCAUCUCUGCCCUUUGACCUGCAGCGAUGGGAGAUCUGUUGCCUUAAGAGAAUCCAGUUGAGCCUCCUCUCCUCCUUCUUUCUGUCCGUCCGUCUGUCAAUCAUCCCUCUCUCCUCACACACAUUCCUUUCCCAUCAUCCUCCUGUUUGCUCGGCAGGUGAGAUGCAGGACCGGGUUGUUACGGUGGCCCUGAGGGCUCAACGCACUUGCAAGUAUGCAAAACUCAAGAAAACAAAGAAACCAUCUUCACCAGUUUGACAAGACGUGCACAGGGUUUAAUUCACUUAAUGGAGUUUAGCUAACACGAGGUUAACAGCAGAUGUCUGAUCUGAAUCUUGCAUUCAGGGUGUAAAAACGGAAAACGCUUACACCACUGACAAAUCAUCCACUUCAGUAUCACAAACCACAGCAGCAAAUAGAGUGUCCAGGCAUGUUCAUCAUGUUUCAGUGUCCCCUGGAAACUGCUGUCUUAUAAUUAAUUUACGUUGUCCUCUGUGUGACUUGUAGAAUUUCCAUUUUUUUUAUCGCUGUAUGUGUUGUCACACUGAUGAAGCAGAUUUUUUCAUUUGCUUGUGUUUUCUGUAGUUGCAGUGUGUCCAGCUCUCAGGUAGCGAUGUUGCACUCGAAGCAGAGAAAUUUCAGAGAGAUGUUUGGAUGCCUCGCUUCAACACUUGAAAAAAUCAGGUGAUCAUCUCAAUCACAGUCAUAUCAGAGCGCUGGUUUGAAUGAUCACAGGAAAGUGAUCCGUUUUUAUAGUAAAAGCUUUUUUGAACAAACUAUGAUGAAAUGGCCUCAAGAUUUAAUUCAUCCAUACAAAUGCAAUACCAGUGAUUUGGCCAGCAGGUGUCACUAUUUCUGACACAGUCGCAUUUCCCUUUUCCACCAAGUCAAACCCAGGCGCUAGUUCUUGGCUGGAGCUACUGUUAUUUUGGAGUCGGUUCAUCUUACAAACCUUUGAAGAACUGAUUUCCUUUUCCAUGGAGAGCGACCACAGAGCCUCGUCAUUACAUCACGAUACGUCUCUACUUUCCCAGCAACGCUAGCAACAAGUGCAGCAGCAAUAACAGGGAACUACGUUGUCUCUUUAGAAGUGUUGCUCCUGGUUUUUUUUAACCUGCAUUGCCGUCCAAACAUUUUGAUGUUGAUUUUGAACAUUUCCAAUUUUUAAUUUGGCAGUCAGAAAGUUUUAGUUGGUCUUGUUGGUCAUGAUAAUCCCUCCCUCAGCCCCUGACGUUAGUGGUUCUUGGCUCUAACCCAGCAAAGUGUUGGUGCUGCUCUCUCUUGAACCAGGUUUCCAGGCUGAGAGCCGAUUCUCCUCUGGAGAACUGGUUCGAAAGCAGGCACCGGCUCUGAACCGGCCCUCAAACUGCAUUGGUGGAAAAAGGGGGAAAAGGGGCAACAGGGAUUUAGAUUCUCCUCAUCAUUACCUUCAGGGCCACCGUAGAAUGUGACUGCAGACAGAGAAACACUCCUAUGCGCACACACACACACCAUACACACAUAUAUACUGAUGCAUACAUAAAGUGGAGGCCUAUGGAAACCACUCGGAGGGCCGGUCCUCUGUAGCAAAACCCAAUCGGACCCUCUGAGGGAGAGAGGGAGGAUGGAGGAGGAGGACAGAAAAAACACGAGGAGGAGGAGGAGGAGGAGUUGACAGAAAUAAGAGAAUCUGACGUAUCGUUCUCUGAAUGUAAAUAGAACCUUGAGAUUGUCAUUUUUUAUUUCCAUUGCUUCUUUUAUAAGAUGAUCAAAUUGUAAUUUUUUUUAUUAUCCGUUGCUCUGUUUGAUUUUUGUACAGCAGUGCUCCUACGCUGCAGCAUUUGUAUCAUACAACCCCACCCGCCAUCGUCUCCUCUUAGGUUUUCCUCUCGUGUCGCUUAGUAGCCCAGAGACAUUUAGAGAAGACUAGAAUCAUAGCGAGAACAACCACCCCUCCCUUCAUCCUGUUUCUUUAUAGCGCUUAGAGAUGCAACAGAUAAUACUGAUUAUUAAAAAGUCACGUCAUAAAUGUUAACAUUUAUACACCUCGCCAAGGCAGAGCUGUUUUAAUGGACGUGGGCCUGCUGUGUUCUGCAGCCCUGGAUGGACCAGUACCCGUGGAAAUCAUUCUAAAUACGUAGAGGGUUUAUUCCGUUGCCUUGGGAGCGACAGACGGGCUGCACUGCUGGUGCUGCUCAUCGUGGCUCCAACUGUGCCAGACAAACUCAAUCUGACAAAAUAUGUGGAGAUGGAUUACCAACCAGGGAUUUCCCAUGUGUUUGGACCCAGAGCUAAAGUUUGUUUUUAAUGUUUGUGGAGCAGAGGGGGGACCGGAGAGACGAGCCCGACGAGUCAUUUCACACCCACUGAGCAGAGAGAGGUACCGCUCCUAAUGGUGUUGAGCUUGUUUUAUAUUUUUCUUAUUGUCAACAAAUCCCAUGAAAAGACCCAAACUUAGCUUUUCUGACCUCUCUCCUCUGUCUCAGCUCCGAGCCCACUGAUUCCUACUGAGGAUGUAACUCAGGAGGAAAUAAUGAAUCUGUUGGGGACUGUUUUCAGCAGUGGAUUAAUCCACAUUUGGUGCUCCAGUGAGUAUUUGGAGGAUCACAUCACCCAGUACAACAGUGUGGCUCAUUAGCCAGAUUUCCAUCCACAUUUAGAGCAAAUUUUAACCAAAUUUCCAGAAAACUGGAAAAAGAAAAUGCAGUGUUUCUGCUCUAGGUGGAGCUAAUUCUCCAGAAGAAGAGGGCACAAUUUCAUGUAAUUGAAGGAAGACUACUCAUAUCUCAAACAAAUAAAAAGGAUGAUGAAAAACGUGAUGGAAAUAUGACCUCGCUGUUUUCAUCUGAUGCUACUUUUUGUCUCUUUGGUUCUAGUUUAAGUCACGUGUGGAUGUCACGAUUUACUGGCUGCAUUUUGCUUUUCCUCUUCAGCCUGGAAUAAAAAAAACUAGCAAUAUUUUUGGAUACUCUGUUGGAAACACUUACUGAUGCAUUUUUAAUAGAUUUUGAAAAACAGUGGAUCUCUACGGUGCAGAGGAAUCAGAUAAAUCAGGUUUUGGAUACACACAGUUUUGGUCAUUUCAUGGGGUUUGCUGACAGUAAGAAAAAUAUAGAAAAAAAUUGAGAAAACCAAAGUGAUGCUUGUGUCUUCACAGAGAUCAAUGUAAUACUAAUUGUCUGGGAAGAAAACUCUACUUUGAUUUGUUUUCAGAUGAUUAAUUGCCCCUGAUCUGCUGCAGGAUGUUAACCUUUUCUUGCAUUGUUUUUUGGGGGGUGGAGUUAUACUUUAGGCUCUCAGACAAAAGGAAAAUGAAACAUGAAAACAGUCCUUCACUCAUAUUUAAAUGUAAUAAACCUCAACUUGUUGCCUUGUUAAAUGUCCCCCUCAGGCUUCGGCCCGGCUCCUCUCUGUCUCUCUGCUCCCACACUGAUGCUGACUGUUCAUAUGACCCUGUCUGUCUGCCUGUCUCUGUCGCAGCCUUCUUUUAUACAUAUAAACACAUUGGGGAGAAAACACAUAAAAAAAGGUUAAAAAAAAUUAAAAAAUGACAAAAAAAAUUUAGAAAUAAAUAAUAACAUUACUGCAAAUGAUAAACAACAACAGUGCUAUUAUCAGUUACGAUGACGUGGUCAGUAUUGUCAUCAGUAGCGAUGAUAUGAUCAGUAAGUAACACAAUGAGAUGAAUCAGUAUCAGGAUUUAGCAGGGAGAUUACAGUGGUGGUGGGAUGUGUGUGUGUGUGUGUGAGAGAGAGAGAGAGAUAGAGUAGGGGCGAGGGAGGCUGGGGGUUCAACAAAAACACACACACACACACAUACAGGAGGGGGGUGGGAUGGGGAAGGGGUGUACUGCAAUAUUGAGGUGUGCUGAUGUUGUACCUGCUUGUUGCAUUGUGCGCUGUUCUGUAUCUGACAAACUAACCCCAGACUGUCAACUAAUAAAUAAACAUGGACUACGCAUAUCCCGAACAGA